AUGUUCAAGCAGUUCAGAGACAUUCCCAGUCUGUGGAGGACCAGCAAGAUUGAACUGGCCAUCUGGGUGAUCGCCUUUAUCGCUUCUGUGCUGCUGGGACUGGACUACGGCCUCCUGGUGGCCGUCACAUUUGCCAUAUUGACAGUCAUAUACAGGACACAGAGCCCUAAAACUUCCAUCCUGGGUCACGUCGCUAACACGGGGCUCUACUGUGACGUCGACGAGUAUGAAGAGGCGGCUGAAUAUGAGGGGAUUAAGAUCUUCCACUCCAACUCUUCAAUCUACUUUGCUAACAGUGACCUGUAUGUGAACAGCCUCAAGAAGAAGACACUUACAAGCUGCUCGGAAAGCCCAAAAAAAAAAAGAAAGGAGAAGACGAACAGCAAUCGGUCGUCUCCGCUGAAAAUCUGUGCCAAGAGCCACGUGGCGGAGGAUCAGAAGAACGGCCAGUUUGGCGACAGACAUGGCGACUCAGAGGAGGCGGUCUCCCUUGAGCCUUUCAGCACAGUCCACUCCAUCAUCCUGGACUGGACGUCUGCAACUUUCAUUGACUCAGUGGGAGCUAAAGCCAUCAGACAGAUCAUUAAAGAGCAUGCCGCCGUAGAUGUCCGGGUGGUCAUAGCUGGCUGCAACAGAAAGAGUCCGUACCUGCUGUUCACUAACCGUCAUGAAAUCCGUCGUAUUCACCCGCUGAAGAGUGAGUACACACAAGUGGUCCCUACACUGAAGAAUGCCGUGGCCCUGGAUGUGGACGUGUCCACCAACAAGAUGUUCUGGUGUGAUCUGUAUCAUCAGAAAAUAUACAGCGCUUACAUCAACAAGGCCAGUGACUCAUCACAGCAGGUGACGCUCAUCGAUUUGCUCCACUCCCCGGAGGGCCUUGCUGUCGACUGGGUCCACAAGAACAUCUACUGGACGGACUCAGGCAAUAAGAGCAUAUCUGUCGCUACGGGAGAUGGCAGGAAAAGGAAAAUGCUCAUAACCACCGAGCUGAACGAGCCACGAGCCAUCGCUGUGGAUCCGCACCAAGGGUUUAUGUACUGGUCAGACUGGGGAGGUCAGGCCAAAAUUGAGAAGGCUGGGAUGAAUGGAGUGGAUAGACAAAUUUUGGUGUCUGAACACAUUGAAUGGCCCAAUGGAAUAACUCUAGACUUGUCCAACAGACGACUUUACUGGGUGGACUCCAAGCUGCACCUGCUGUCCAGCGUGGAUUUCAAUGGUGACAACCGCAAAGUGCUGCUCUCCUCGCAUCACCCCCUGGGCCAUCCCUUUGCCCUCACUGUCUUUGAGGAUCGCGUGUAUUGGACAGACUUGGAAGAUGAAGCGAUAUACAGCGCCAACCGACUGACGGGACACGAUGUGGCCAAGGUCGCAGAGGACCUUAACAACCCCCUGGACCUGGUGGUGUUUCAUGAACAGAGGCAGCCCAAGGGUCCUGAUACCUGUAAUAUGGGCACACUGCCUAAUGGUGGCUGCGAGUACCUCUGCCUGAAGGCGCCUCAGAUCACAGACCACUCCCCCAAGUACACCUGCGCCUGUCCUGACGGCAUGGAGCUAGGACCAGACAUGAGACGCUGCGCGAUCAUUCGACCCCGGGCAACCACGACAUCUGCCUCCACCGCAACCACAACUUCCACGACGACCACCACAACAAGCACAACAACAACAACUCCCACAACCGUUGCCACGACCACAACACCCUCUACCACCACCACCACCACCACCACCACCUCUGCUACUACCACAUUACCACCCACAGCCAAGACUACAACACCAGCCCCUCCUCAGACCACCAGGAGCGGCAGAAUCACAGAGCACCCUCGGACUCCUGCCGCUACCAGUACAGAGACGACCAGUUUGAGCAGCACUAGUCAGAAGUCCACGUCCACACACACCCCCUUAUUGGCUGCCGUGGCUCCCAACAGCAUUCAGAAAGAGAGCAAUGCCAACCUCUCCCACAGAGCUGCGAGUGAUCACUACCUCAUAGGUAACAACAUCACAGUAGCUGUUCUGGGGAUAGUCAUUCCUAUCGUCCCUAUCCUUGCCACAGUGGUCAUCGGAUUGCUCUGCACCGGUGGAUACCUGGUCUGGCGCAACUGGCGGCGCAAGAACACCAAGAGCAUGAACUUCGACAACCCAGUGUACCGCAAAACCACAGAGGAUGACGACGACGAAAUCCACAUCGGGCGUCAGAGCGAGUCCAUCGGUCACGUCUACCCAGCAGUGAGUGGCAGCCACAGUCAGCCAUUCAUAGCGCUUCCUCGGGGCGGCGUCACAGACAACAACUCUCACUGGUUCGGGGCGCCGAUGCUCUCGAACGCUAAGUGAGAGGUACUGCGGAGGAAAGGAAGAGGUGUGAAAUAUUUGGAAAAUGGGAGUUGGCACGAGGGUUUGGAAAAGCCCGUUUUCUUGUACAUGUCAGCCUGGUGGAAAGAAAGAACAGGCUCGCACACGUUCACAUAUCAUUUUAUUUCUUUAUGUUUUUGAAGUAAUUACCGAACACACCUGUCACGCGUACACGUAAACCCUCGACACACAUUUCGUUCACCUUCAGCGACCAUAUUCAUGCGAUACAUCCCUGCUGCCGACCCGCCAUCCCAUUUAUUUGUGCAUCGUGUUAGUGUUUUUGGUUGUUGAAGUGAGUGAUCCCCAUUUCCUGACAAAACCCUUGUGCACAGGCAAAGCAUUAUUCCUUUGCUUCAGAAAGGUUCAGCAGCCAAGAAAUCAUGAUUAGUGCAGAUGAGAUGCAAAAAAAGAGAGGUGAAAGAGGAGUCGCUCUAUAGCCACUGCUCACAAAUAAAUUGGACAUGUAGAGUAGAUAGUUGCGUCAUAGCAUUGAACUAAUGCGAUUUUGUUUUGAGGUCACACAAAAUUUGAAAAAAGGAGCACAAAUCAGGAUGAAGGACUCUCUCGAAAUACAAUUUAUCUUGCAGAAACCAUAAAUCUCAGCAACGCAAUUUCAGGAUUACCCUGAUGACUUCCCAUUGAUGUAUAU